GAACCCACUCGGCCAGACAACUUUCCUUUCCUGCUGUUCCACCAAGAUCGCACUCGCCAGAAUGCCUCCCCGCAAGCAGUGGAUCGAUAAAAAGAACGCAACCACAUAUCAACUCUUCCACCGAGCCCAACAUGACCCGCUGAUCCACGACUCCUCCGCCGAUGACCGUGUUCUGUACCCUGUCUCAGGACCUGCACCAGGCACCUCCACAUCCGAAGCGCGUGGCAAAAAACUCGCAGACCUAGCUAGUGAAUUCGGUGUUGAGACCGUCCGGAAAAACGAAGGUGAAGCCGCGAACUAUGGUGUUUUCUACGAUGACUCCAAAUAUGAUUAUAUGCAACAUUUGCGCGAAUUGGGCACCGGUGGUGGCGACUCAUACUUUGUGGAGGCAAGGAGCAAGGAUAAGGGCAAGGGCAAGGUGAAGGGCAUGAAGUUGGAAGAUGCGUUGAGAGAAGCGAGUCUGGAUGAUGUGAGAAGCGAGUAUGGGCCCAGGAGCGUAUAUGGCUCUGAGAUUCGCUCGACCGCCUCGUCGUAUGCCCGUCAACCGACCUACCAGGACCAACAGAAUGUUCCCGAUGCGAUUGCGGGAUUCCAGCCUGAUAUGGAUCCCCGUCUGCGAGAAGUAUUAGAGGCCCUUGAGGAUGAAGAGUUCGUUGACGAAGAGGACGUUGACGAUGUUUUCGGCAAGUUGACUUCUCAAGCCGAGGAGAUGGAAGAGGGCGAUUGGGAGGAUACGUUGUUUGAUGAGGAGGAUGAUGAUGGGUGGGAGUCGGAUGCUACCGAGAAGGCUCCUGUGCAGCCCAGCACGACAGACUAUAAGCCGCAGCAGAAGGACACAUCCGCUCAGAGUAAAUCCCAGGAUGCCGGAUCAGAUGAACUUCCCGAUCACGAUGCGCCAGCCCCAGAUAUGCACCCGGAAGACCAAGGAUGGAUGCGGGAGUUCGCCAAGUUCAAGAAGGAUGGUAAGGUCAAGGCUGCGCCAGCGGCACCGGCUAGUAUUGUGCCCUCGGAGCAGCGAAGCACUCUUGCCUCCACCGUCUUCACAGCAGGUGGUACUCCUAUCCGCAGAAAGAAGCGGAAGGGCGCACUCACCAACCCUUCGGCAUACUCGAUGACCUCUUCCGCUCUGGCACGGACGGAAGGUCACCGGCUUCUGGAUGACCGGUUCGACCGGGUGGAGGCACUCUACGCUCUUGACGAAGAAGAUGAGUACGAUGAUAGCAUGUCCAUGGUCAGCGGUAUGACUGGUAUGACCGGCAUGACCGGCUUCUCGACUGCCUCAUCGCAGGCCCCCAGCUUGAUUGACGCGAACGGAGUGGCUGUGGCUCCCCGUCAUGACUUCAAUGAGGUUAUGGACAGCUUCCUUGCGGGAUGGGAUGGCAACACAAGCUCUCAAGCGAAGCGAAAGGGCGCCAAGGCAAAGAGAGGCAAGAACGGCAACGAAGCCAUUGGCAUUAAAAUGUUAGACGAGAUCCGACAAGGGCUCGGUCCGGCUAGGAUGUCAGGAAAAGCCUCUGGACGGGCAUAAUGCUUGAACGAAUUGCGAUGAUACCUUUCCAUUUUAUUUAGAAUGCGGUUUCUGGCGUCCCGGUUUCAAUGUCCUCAUGUUCGCUGCAUGAUAGAUGUCUAUUUUCUCGGCCAGUUAAAAGUUAAAAGUUUUCAUAUAACAUAUUCCUGGGUAGGAAUCAAUGAAUUAUCACGACUUUGUCUA